CUACAGUUCCAGUCAUUACUGCCAAAAGGAGCUUCCAAUCCUCACCUGACCUGCCACAGAGCCUUUCCAUGCGGGAUUCGACGGGCACUUUGUGUGCUUAUGAUUGUGUUACCUCUAGUUAGUCCUUCUGGGAUUAGGAUAACAAUUUUCAUAGGAUUUUAAAGCAAUAUUAUCAAGCCUGUCUACUAAAAGUCUUUCACAAAGUAAUUAUUAAGACCUGACAAUAACCUCCAGUUAUAUAUAGGCUCUGAAGAUAAUCAUCUUUGUCAAAAGAAAUCAGACCUGGCAUAUCACGGCAUGCUUAAAAUGAGAGAUGACCUUUAGAUGUUGGAACUGAAUGAAGCAUCCUAUGUGGAGAAAAUUGUGUGUGUUAGCGCGGAGGAGCAGCUCAGCAAGGAGGACAGCAGGGAGCUGCGAAUUCAGAGCAGCCAAACCUGCUGGAAGUUAGAGUCCAUAAUGCAGUGGUUCUGCUGGCAUGUGGCAGGGAAGAUGAGCCUAGGAUUUCUCUGUCUCUUUCUGGUUUUCAACACAGCUUCAUGCAUAAGAAGGGAAAAUAAGAAAGAGAAGCAAGUGGCACUGCUGGCUACCGCAGAGCUGCCUGCAAAGUCCAUGGAUCUGGCUGCUAUUAACCUGACAGAGCUGGUGAAUGGUAUGCUGAACACAGCGCUCAGAGGUACCAAAACACUCUUCUCUUUGCUGAGCAUCACAUCUUACAGCUCAUUUGCCUUCCACAAGGUGUCAGUCACCAUUUAUAACAUUUCUAACGUGAAAAAUGUUGACCCUGGCAAGUUCCCUAUGCAUUACUGCUACUGUUUGAACAAUGUGACAAAUGACUUGACAGAUUUUACAGCUUUACUUGUUGAUAUUAUUGGAAACUCCACCAGUUAUCUCACAGAAAUUUUCAAAUCCACUUCUAUUCUCUCAGUGCGUCAGAGCAAUGAUUCAGAUUGUAUCUACAUCUGUGUGAUGACAGGACAGACAGGGAGAAAUCUGUCCAACUUCGGGGAAAUGCUGGAGAAAUCUCCUGUUAUUAAUUACACAUUUUCCAGUAACAAGUCUUCUGACCUGGACCUAGAUUUGAUGUUUUCAAGUUUCAUGAAAUUACAGGAAGACCCUAACAAAACAGUGGAUCCAUCAGCAGAACAUGUGUGGACAUUUAAAACUACCAGGAUCCCUCUUGCCCAGAAAGGGGAGGAAAUCCCCACCACGAGGUUCCUACCAUGGCCAAAGACGGUUGGAGCGAAAGGAUUGGGGUUUCCAUCACCGCCUGUGGAUGCUUCCAGACCACGGGGCACGGCCGGACCCCCUCGGACUGCUGGGGGGAGCUCAGCCCCGUCGCCAGCCCUGCAGCCCAGCCCCACUGACAUGUACGCAUUUUGGAUGCAGACAGUGUCUCCUCAAGAAACCAGCAGACUGAUGCAAACAGAGCCAGAUUUGCCUUCCUCAGUACUGCCUAUGCCACCCUACAGGCCUGCUGUGACACUGAAACUUUACUCAGCUACCAGGUGUCCACAGGCAAUCCUCAAAGAGUCCCGUGUGACCUCGCCUCCUGUUACUCUUAUAGUGCAAAAGAUCAAUCCCUGUGUGAUGGAGCUGUGUAGGUUUUUUCAGCUGUGCCUCUGUGUUGGUCAGAGAAGAUAUUCCAGAAAGGAAGCCAUGAGGUACUGUGUUGAAUACUAUUCCUGGUUCUUGAAAAAUGCAAUUUAUGUCUGUGAAAGAGUCAAAAGAAUUGCUUACUCCCACAGCAUACCAGUCUGCUGUGUGACUUUUUCUUGUCUUCGAAUUAAACAAAAAAUGAUUGUAAUUCUGCUGCUGUCUAUGUCAAUGGUGGUGUACAGUGGUGGCCAAGAACUGGAGCCACCAGCAUUCCUGCCAGAACUUCUCGACACACCUGAAAGGAUCUUGAAUAAUGCCACAUUCUUCAAUGGAGUCUUUCAAAAUGUGGAAAGUGUUGCAUUAUUUUUUGACUGCCUAGGUUCUCACUUCACCUGGUUACAGUCCAUCUUCACUAACUUCCCUGCCCUGCUCAACUUUGUGAACAAAAUGAAGUGUGUUACUGGUUUUUGUCCCAGGGAUUUUGAAGACUAUGGUUGCUCUUGCCGGUUUGAGAUGGAAGGGCUCCCUGUGGAUGAAGUUGAUGAAUGCUGUUUCCAGCACCGCAAAUGCUACGAGGAAGCAAUGGAGAUGGAGUGCACAUGGGACCCAUCAAAGAUUUCUACAGAUGUUAGCUGCUCUACUGAAAACCUGACCUGUGAGUCUGGGGAUCCCUGUGAACAGUUCCUGUGCAACUGCGACAAAGAUGCCAUUGAAUGCUUUGUGAAUGCACAUAUUAACUCUUCCUUGAAUGGGCUGGAUGUCUCCUUCUGUCCAUCUCUGGUUACAGAAACAACCAGCAAGAGAGAGAUGACAACACUUCACACAGAGGAGUUCCUUCAUUAUGGGACUGACAAAACAUGGGCUGCAACUGCAUCCGCGGAAGAAGUGAUUUUUUUUGAGCCCAGUAAGACGGUCCUGGGGACUUCCAAAGCCAGAGAAGAGGAUGGAUUUAGGGAAGCUGUGGUCCCAGUGGAAGAGAUAACCACCUCCCCAGCCUCAUUCCCAGGAGAUAUUAACUCAAUGCAAGUCAAAAUUGUCCCCACUGAGAAGAUUGCUGCAGAAACAUCUGCAAGGACAAAAGAAAAAGAGACAAGCCCUGCAAGGGGUGGCCAGAGCACAGCUUCCUCUGGAAUAGCUCUGGAACUGGUACUGUCUGACAGAGGACCCAAUGAACCCGCUGGAAAAGUGUGUGAACGAUUAACCUUUCUGCAAGAAAGAGAAAAUGGAAGAGUGAAGAAGGAGCUGCCGCAGCUAGGAGAAAUGCUGUUCUGUUUAACUGAGCGGUGCCCAGAGGAAUUUGAGUCUUACGGUUGCUACUGUGGCCAAGAAGGAAGAGGUUAUCCUACUGAUGCACUGGACAGGUGCUGCUUUUCUCAUCACUGUUGUAUGGAACAAGUUAAGAAACUUGGAUGUCAUGUGGAAAGAAGUUCAAGAUCCGAAGUUCUAUGUUUUGAUCAUAAGCCAAAAUGUAUUGGUUGGAGCAUGUGUGAGAAACUACUAUGUGCUUGCGAUAAGACAGCAGCCGAGUGCAUGGCUUCUGCCUUCUUCAACGAAAGCCUGAAGUUUCCACACAGGCAAGAGUGCCAAGAGGAGAAAGUCUUAUGUCAAAGAGACCCUUAUGAAAGGCCUUCAAUCGGCACAGAAACAGGCACCGGGAUUUCCAGCUCCGAGGAGAGCAGUGAGGAGGAAGGUCCACUGUGGAGCGUAUUAAGAAGAGCAAAGAGAGAGACACACCAUCCCGUCGGAAACUCCAGAACUGGGCAACGUGAAGGCAGAUAACCAACAACCACCACGUGCAGAGAAACGGCACGGAGACUUUCACAGUCAGCCAUUGCGUACCUUCCUCUUUCUUAUCACUCUACAUGCUGCCUUACACUUUCCAGCACACAAAUGAUGUAAACAUAGACUAGGUAUUAAAUGUUAGGCUGUAUAACUCCUAACUGUAGUGAAGUUGUCACUAUGGACCAUCUAUUUAGGUCAGAUAUUACCUUAAAUACUUAUUUGACAGUAUUCUGUACAAUUUCAUUCGAUUUCUAGGUAAAAACUAUUCUGAUCA